AUGACUUUAGUACGAUAUUUGGAUAAUCCUGGAAGUUACUUCGUUUUUCUUAAACAUAUUGAUGAAACUGAACGUAGUAUACAAAAACGUGGUAGUGAAAUCCCAGAAACCAUCACACAACUCCAAGAGGACUAUUAUCUCAAUAGAGAAGUUAUUGUGAGUCAUUGGGAUAGUUGUAUAAGUGCAUUAAAAUGGGAACAUCGUCAAGCUCUGAGAACAUUUGUUGUGUCUUAUGAAGGACAUAUCAAUAGUUUACCAACAAAUGGCGAUUUGAAAGAUAAUUACGAUCCAUUUGCAUCAUAUGAUGUGAACAGUAAUGAUGAUAAUCCAGAACCUCGUUAUUUAACAAGAGAUAAAAGUAAUACCAAUUCAUCUAAAACAUUGAAUUCCUUAUUAAAGAAAUCUUCUACCAUGAAUAAUCAAGCUAUUUCUAAACGGACUGAUCAUAUUCCAUUAUCAGAAACGUUCACUGUACAAUUGGGUCGUCAGUUGCGAACAAUGUUCAAUUUUCGUUUAAUUAGAUUAGAUCCAUCUGAAUUUAUAACAACUACGAGGUUCAGACUUCAAGAAAAUCAUUUACUCAAUGAUGACUGGCUUGCUGAACGUAUGAACAAUGCUUUAAACGUCUAUUCAAACAAUUUAAACGGUUUGAUGAUUCUAGUAGAUAAACGAAUUAAUUCUUUCCGUGGGAUUAAAAAAAUUUUAGCGGAUGCAUGUGAGCAGUCUACUGAAUUACAUUUCCCGGAAUUUGGAUCCCAGUUAGAAUCUAUACAGGAAACAGUUAAUCGUUUGGGAUCACGUCAUGGAAUUUCUACAGUUAAAUCAAAAUGUGACUGUUAUGAACCAGUUCAUGGUGAUGUAUUAAUCACUAAGCAUUCUAAUUUAAUCAGUAGUACCGGUGAUGGUAUAAAUGUUGUUUUUCAAGUGGUUUUUGAUGAAGAUUAUGAAAGUAAUAAUAAUAUACGUAUUCCAUCUUCAUUACACAAUGCCAUAUCAGCUGUACUACGUACUUGUUUCGACUAUGAUAUUACAACUUUAUCCUUGCCGUUAUUAUUGGUUUCAUCGGUAUCUGAAAAUAUGGAUAAGUCAUGGAGGGCUAAACGUGUCGAAACAGUACUUAAAGCUGUUAAAGGUGCAUUAAUGGAAUUGAUUACGUGGCGUGGUCCCAAUUUACGAUCUAUACAAUUUCUCGCACCUUCGUGGAUUACAGAUGAAGAAUUGAAUGUAUUCCGACAAAUUAUUUCCAAUUCAUUUUUACAACCGAAUCCAUUAAUUGUAGUGUAG